CAACACACGGUUGCCCAUUUACCUACCCUGCAUUUGUCUCUCCCACACAAACACACAAGGUUUCUUGUCCCUUUGUAGCCACACACACUGUGUAGUACACAUCAUCAUGCUCGACGUCCAAGAUUUCAUUGUCUCCAGAGGGGGUGACCCCAAGAAAGUCGUCGAGAGCCAACGGCGAAGAUACACCUCACCGGAAAUCGUGGACGAGGUCAUUGCACUCUGGGAGGAUGCCUACAAGACAAGGUACCAAGCCACACAAAUCGGGGCGAAAAUCAACGCUGUACAGAAAGAGAUUGGCAAACUGAAAAAGGCCAAACAAGACGCCGAUCAUCUGUUGAAAGAAAAGGUCGACCUCGAAAAGGAAAAGAAAAAGAUUGAAGACGAGGCAUUGGAAAAGGAAAAGGCUAGAGACAAGAAAUGUAAACUGAUUGGGAACUACGUUCACGAGUCGGUACCGAUCAAUGACAACGAGGACUUCAACGAGGUCGUCAAGAAAUGGAGCCCCGAGGGGGUCACGGUCGAGAAGAAAGAGUGCCUCUCUCACCACGAAGUCAUGACCCGAGCAGAAGUGUACGACGGCGAACGGGGUGUCAAACUGGUUGGGCACCGAGGGUACUUUUUGCGCAAGUGGGGUGUCCUCCUGAACCAGGCCCUGAUCAACUACGGUCUCCAUUUCCUCACGGGCAAGGGGUACGACCCCAUCCAACCCCCUUUUUUCAUGAAGGCCGAGUACAUGGCCAAGACGGCGCAACUCGAGCAGUUUGACGAGGAGUUGUACAAGGUGGUCGAGGACAAGGACGCCGAGGACAAGUACCUGAUCGCCACUUCGGAGCAGCCCUUGUCGGCCAUGUUCGCCGACGAGUGGUUGACGGAGAAAGACCUCCCGAUGAAAUUCGCAGGUUACAGUUCGUGUUUCAGAAAAGAGGCGGGCGCUCACGGUAGAGAUGCUUGGGGUUUGUACCGGAUACAUCAAUUUGAAAAGAUUGAACAAUUCCUCUUCGUCAAACCAGAAGAGUCAUGGCAAGCCCUCGAGGACAUGAAGACGGUGGCCGAGGAGUUUUACCAGUCUCUCAAACUGCCCUACCGGGUCGUGGCCAUCGUGUCGGGGGCCCUGAACAACGCCGCGGCCAAAAAGUACGACCUGGAGGCCUGGUUCCCUUACCAAGGCGAGUACAAGGAACUGGUCUCUUGCUCCAACUGCACCGACUACCAGACCCGCGAGUUGGAGAUCAGGUACGGCCAGAAAAAGGGAGCCAUCGACUCGAGGAAGACCUACGUCCACGCCCUCAACGGGACCCUGUGCGCCACGGAACGCACCUUGUGCUGCCUGCUCGAGAACUACCAAAAGGAAGACGGGUUCGAGGUCCCCGAGGCCCUGAGACCAUACAUGCCGCCCGGGACGCCGGAGAUCAUCCCGUACACAAAGGAACUGCCCAAGGACACCGUCUCGGCCAAGGCCGCGAAGCAACCCACGAAACCCAAAAAGGACGACAGUGGUGGUGCGCCCGAAGGUGGUCCAAAGUUGAACAUGCCCUCGGCCGCAAAUGUGGCCGAUAAGAUGAAGGACAUGAAGGUUUGAUGAAAAAUAAGUUUCUGUAUCACGGGCAUCGGUAGAGGGUAUGAUGCCGCCGCUGCCGCCGAAGAAGAUUGCCCACCCCAGGUCGGGUUUUGAGAAUUGGACAUGGGACUUGGGACGCUGGUCAUUUCGAGGUAUGGGCCUGUCACUUUGCCAAUGGACGACGGACGAACGAAAGAGAGUGACUGAAUGAAUCCCCACCCCCCAAUGUGAAUUAUGCGUAGACAUGGGGACGUGAAACUUUUCAAGCAGCAGCAAACGAGACCACUAGAUACAAGAAAUCAUGAG